AUGGGUGAAGCUGAAUUAGAUCUUGAGAAGCUAUCUCUAGAUGAUUUCAAUGAAGUUUUUGGAAGUUCUUCGAGUGAAACUCAAGUUUUCAAAGAGGACUUGUCUAAGCUCUUCCCCAAGGUUUCUAGCUGGUCACUGACUCGAGAAGGAAAUGAAAAGUUGAAGAAAUACUUUGAUAAUGACCCUGUUUCAUUUCUUAAUGGACUUCUUCGACUCAAUGAUGUCAACGGAACGUUGUUGUUGUCAAUUGUAAACUCAGAAAAAGGUAAGUCAAAUGAUAUCUUGAAUACUACAUUUGACUCAGUGAGGAAGAUCUGCAAGGACAAGUCCAGUACAAAGGAGGAAAGGAAGUUCUUCUUAACUAUUACACUUAUCUUAAUGUCAGAGUUCAAUCACCACUCACUGCUACUAGUCCCAUCUAUUCUAACUUACUUGUCAGAUGAAGAACUUUCACCUUUAGUCUUGAUGAUAUUGGUUAGAAACUUACAACAAGAUAUUACCUUGACUACGAAACAAGUAGAAGACUUUUUCGACACAAUUGAUAUCGAAACCCAAUUCUUGGACUUCAUAAUCACACUUAACAGAAUAUUCCCAUUGUUUCCUCAAUUGGCUGCGCAACUAUUCGUGGACGAGAAAACCUUGAGCAAUACGCUUGCUCAGGUGGCCAAGCUAAGCACAAGUGCCAGCCCAAGUAGUGAACUUACAAUCUCCAUUCUUAAUUUGAUCAGUAGCUCAUGUGUGACAGAUCAAUGUCGUACAUUUAAUGCUAAGCACUACCUCUCGUUGCUUAAAUCUGGUACGAAGAUGGAUGAAGACGAUGGCUUGGAGAAAUACAGAGAAAUAAGAAUCCUCUCUACUCUCUGCGUUAUUAAGAUAUGGAACUUCAUAGAAAGUGAAAAGUCGAGUAAAGAUGGAGAAGAUGGAAUUCCCGUGGAGAAUAUGUACCAAAUAUUGAUCUCAGAACUAAAGAUAUCCGACAAACACUCAAUUCAAAGUGACUGUGUUGAAGGUUUAGCGUACUUGACUUUAAAUGGACAAAUUCGGACUAAGCUAAGACUGGAUGAAAACGCCAUUGAGAAACUAAUAUCUUUAGUCAAGGCGCAAGCGAUGAUACCGAAGGAUUUGGCAGAUUCUAUGAAAUCCAUUCUGAACGUAAAUACUUCCUUUACGUACGGUUUGAUAUUAAUUCUUGCAAACCUUAGCAAAAUUGAUAAUGAUAAUUCCUCUCCUGACAAAAAGACUAAAAGCUUUUUGAGGAAUUUUUCGACUCCAGAUCCAAACGCUAAGAAGAAUAGUACAAGCAGCGAGAAGAAAGAAGAUAUAAUAUUAUUUAACAAGUCCUUGUUGAUGGACUAUAAAGUUAUCGAAUGUGCAUCAAAAGUUAAAGUAUAUAAGCAGCAAGCUCAGGCUGAAAAUGGGAUAGCAAGUGGAAGCCAUGAAUCAAAAAUUGCAGAUUUGAUUAUUUCUUUAAUCCAUCUGAUUUCAUGUUGUAAUGAGGUAUUAGUUAAACGUGAAUUAAUAAAGCAAGGAGCUUUAAAGAUUGUUUUAGAUUAUUUAAUUGGUAAUUCUAAAGUGACCCCUUCUAAAGCAACCAGACCGAUUACAGGGAAUCAGGAGGCCCUAGAUACCAGACAAAAUGCACUUCGGUCACUAGCAAGAAUGAUUGUAUCAGUGAAUCCUACUACAGCUUUCAAUACCUAUGAUGUUAAGUCCUGUAUUCCAUUCUUGACGGAGCUAUUGGGCCCCGAUAUAUCAGAAUAUACUGGCUCUAUAAAUGCCCCAGCCAACGACGAAUCGCAUUACUUACAUGACUUUACGAACCUAGACAAGUUCGAAUCUCUUUUGGCUUUGACCAAUCUAUCAGCAGACACUUCGAACGAAGACUUGAGGCAUUUAAUUAUAAAUAAGACUUUCGAAAAGUACAUAGGCAAUUUCUUGCUUGAGACUGACAUCCCAUCUAUUCAAAGAGCAGCAUGGGAAUUGAUUUCAAAUCUUAUUACUGAUCCAAUUUUGUUGGCUAAAUUUUUCAACUUAGAGAUAAGUGCCAACAAGCAAAGACUAGAACAAUUAAUAAAAUUAUUGGAGUCCGAAGAUGAAAACUUACAAGUAGUUAUUGCUGGUGUAUGGGCAAAUGCUACUUCCGAAUUUCAAAUGGUAAAUCAAAUUAUUGUAAAGGAUGGUCCCAUUUGUAAUACUCUACUUGAAAGUUUCAUGCGCAUCAUUGACCAGCAGCAAUCAAAUCAAGAUUUAAUAACCAGGGUAUCUUACAUUCUAGCAAAUCUUGUUUAUGGAAAUUCGGAUUCAAGAGUGGAUUUAGACAAAUUGAAGAACAAUACUUCCUUGAAAAGUUGUUUGAAGUUACUAUUGAGCUCAAGUAUGUCAAAUCAGGAAAUUAAAGAAGCAGUUAUGCAAAUUCUACAGUUAUUGAAAUAA